UUUACAUAGCGCGUUGUCGCAGUAAUAUUUGGGUCUCUUUUUAUAACGUACCGGUUGGGUUUCCCCUCCUUUUCUCCUCCGCACUCACGCUCGAGACUAAGUGCUGAAAGUCACAAUGCAAUUGUGGAGUGCCUUCGCCCCAAUUACUCUACUUCCCGUUGUCAUGGCUGGUUUUCUUGUCGGCGAAAUCACUUGCGACCGAACACAACAACCGUUCGGGGCCAUCGUCCCUUCAUCUGCAGACACUUGUCCUAAGGUAUUGGACUACCACAACUACACGGGCGAGAAUAUGAGCUAUGGGACAUUGAUGUCGGUCCAAGGGCUUUGCGGGGUUGACGUUGGAGUAAAUACUGUCUCCAACUUUUGGACUGCCUCCAAUGGUGCCAUUGGACAUUGUGACCCUGUUGAAUCCUCAAACGAGACAUGCAUCAAGGGGGAUCGCGAGAAAUGCACAUGGAGCAUUCUGAAUAAUUGCGAUACUAUACACGUCUGUCCUCCAGGGUGGGGCCAGUAGCGAUCCAUGUAGAUACAUCACAAUUUAGCG